CCGCUAUCCGGUGUAUCGGUCCAAAGGGUUUGUUUUUGUGGCCAGUGGCAAAAGUAAAAUCAGUUUCAGCUGCAAAAUGAUAGAACAACAAAAGCAACGGAUAGAGAUGGAAAUCACCAAGCAGUUGGAUGAUCUGGAUCGAACGGUGCUAAGGAAAAUGCAAGCGGAUAUGCAUGACUGUGCGGCCAAUUGCUGCAAGGACAUGAAUUCGUCUAUGGACACGGUACAGCAGUGCGUCGAACGAUGCUCGGUCCCAGCCCAGCGAGCGCAGCAGCACGUAGAAUCGGAGAUCAAUUCGUUCAACAGCCGGCUGCAACGGUGUGUUAUGGAUUGUAACGAUACGAUUAAGGAUAAGAUGGGACCAAGUCCGUCGGAAGGUGAUAUCGCCAAGUAUACGGCCGAAUUCGAACGAUGCGCCAUAAAGUGUGUGGAUAAACAUGUGGGAAUUUUGCCAAAUAUGUUCGAGAGCAUGCGAAAAGUGCUACAACGCCGAUCGUCGUAAGUCGUUGUUUGCCGAGGGUCCGUGUGAUCGCGUGAACCGAUCCCCUUGAGUAUAGCUUGAAAUUGAAAUCUGCCAGAAACCAUGGUAACACCAGCAGGCUGCAAUAAAUGAAAAAUGUUUCUCCUUGUAUUCUGUUGAAUAGUAAAUCAUAAGCAGAACAACAUUUAAAUACAUAAAUACGAUUAUACAUACUAGAA